AUGUUACUGAGAGCGCUUGAUCAACGAGAACAUCCAGAAAUUGCAUGUGAUUAUGCAUUUACCGAUGCACACGGUGGAGACUAUUACAUUUUGGUUAUUAUUCAUAAAUAUGCAGACAGAAUAGAGAUUUGUUCUUCGUAUCAAGACAUGACUCUUGUUAGAGAUGCCUAUAGCGGUAUUGCUUUAUUGGAACGUAAACCAAUUUCUUGGCUAAAAGAAAAUGCAUCACGAAGUUUAGAGGCACAUACGAAAGUAGUAAGAAUUUUUAGUGCAAAUUUAUACACUGCACAACCUAACACUAUAUCAAGUGAUGUUGGUGGUGAUAUGUACGGCUAUAAUUCGCAUGGAAACGUAUUACAACGACGUGGUAAAAAGUGA